UUAUAUCAAAAAAAAAAAAAAAAUAGAAAAAGAUUAAAAGAGUAAUUAUUCUACAGCUGAUAAUAAAAUAAAAUUUUGAAAAAUGUCAGAAGAAAAUAAAUCUGAUCAAGCUAAUAAUUUAGAGUUAGAUGAUCUCCUCGACAGUGCCUUGGAAGAUUUUGAUAAAUUACCAAAAACAAUUUCAAAGACAGAAAAAUCUAAAAAUGAUUCAACUAAAAAAGAAGGUGAUGAAGCUGGAGAAGCUUGGACCGAUGAAACUUGGUCACAAGAUUUUCUCAAAGACACUGCUGAUAAAUUAGAAAAAAAUCUUCAAAAUUUGAUGAAAAAUGGUGGAGGUGAGGAUGAUGCUUUGCAAAAAAUGGCCCAGACUGUUGCAAAUUCAAUAACUGGUGGUGGUAGUGGUAGUGGAUCUGAAAAUGAUAGUGAUACUAAUGAUUUUCAAGCAGCAAUUGCUCGAGCAUUAAAAGGCAUAUCAGCUACAAAUGAAAAUCUUCAGAAUGCAGGACCUGAAAUGACAGAAGCUGAUUUAGCAGCAAUGUUUGGACAAGCAUCAAUUGAUGAAGGACCAGAUGGACUUUUUCCAUUUAUGCAAGGUAUGAUGCAAUCUUUGUUUUCUAAAGAGGUAUUGUAUCCUUCAUUGAAAGAAUUGAGUGACAAAUAUCCAGCUUGGUUAGAAGAGAAAAAAAGUACUUUAUCACCUGAAGACUUGGCAAGGUAUACCAAGCAGUUAGAUCUCAUACAAAAGGUCUGCCUAGAAUUGGAAAAAGAAAAAGAAGAUGAUACUGAGGAUAUAAAGAAAAAACGUUUUGAUGUGAUACUUGCAUUGAUGCAAGACAUGCAAAGUUGUGGACAACCACCUGAAGAUCUUGUUGGUGAUCAAGUAAUAUCACCAUUUGAUGGUGAAGGUGCACCAGCAAUGCCAGCUUUACCUCCUGGUCUUGAUCAACAAAACUGUAGCAUCAUGUGA